AACGUGCUAUUAGGGUCUCUUUAUGGUGGUUAGAUUAUUCAAUACCUGAUACAGCAACUCUAUGUAAAUCAGCUGGAGUAAUUGAAUAAUCUUGAUAGAAUACGUUUUGGUGUUUAGGUAAAAUGCGGUUAACUAAUAAAUUAUAUGCCCAGCAUUUAGGAUGGACUUUCAAGAAACAUUGGAUCGUACAAAGUAAAAGAACGCCACGUGAUACUGGUGCUGCAGCUGAGUUAAAAAAAAUUGGAGUCUCCGUUAAGGAUGUUGUUGAUUUACCAGAACAUGAAGCAUAUUGUAAUCAAGAAAAGUUGGAAGCAAUUAAUGGGGGAAAAACCUCGCUUCGGGAUGAUGAAACACAUCCCAAUUGGAAUUUAAAACCGUGUCAUACAUUUGGAAAUAGUAAUGUAUUACUUGAAGGUAUGAGUCAAGCACUAUUGCUUACUAAGUCUGUUGAGAUUCCUAGUUUACCAAAGUGCAUUCGGGAGUCCAUGGACGGUAUUAAAAUUAGUGGAUUGUUAGAGCGCAAAGUUAAAGAAGCUGUUAUGGCUUCACAUCUUUUCUCUGCUGAUCAAGUAAAACUGCCUAAGAGAAGAAAUCCAUUACGACCUGAAUACAAUUUACCUCGAGAUUACGGCAUUCCACAAAAACGUAGAGUCUCGAUAUUGAUAAACAAGCUUCUCUCAGAGUGCGAGAAAUUUGCAGGUCGGAAUAUAAAUUCACAACGCCGCUUACUUGGCCAAGCAAACUUCAAAGUAACUGUACCGAAAAAUGAUGACUUAUUACUAUUUGAUGUCAAUGUACAAAAGAUUAUAACGGCAAGCCGACCUCUUGAUGCAAUUAAAGGCAAAUAUGAUUCUGAACUACCAGAUUUGCAUCCUAUUAAGUAUACAAUAUCUAUGCCAAAGCAGCAUGUAUAUAUACCUGAAACAAUUUAUCCAUUUGGCGGCAACCUGAACGGCUGUAAUCCACAUACAAUAUUUGUAAAUUUUAACAACGAGGAAGUUAAAAAUAUGCAUGAUUUACAAAUAAACGUAUCACAAUUCCAAAGUCGUAAUUUGCUUAAAGCGUUUUCUGUAGCGGCAGCACGAGCUAAACAGCUAUAUGGGGAUUUAGCGUACAAAAAUAUCUCUAGACCUAUUGUUGUUCAAAGUAUACAGACCGAUGGACGAACAUUCCACUUCGGCGUAUUUCAACUGAAUACCUUACGUCUUGAUAAUUUGGAAGGACCCAAAAAUUAUUGGUUUCACCAGAACAACGAAGACCUUUUUCAGCUAUGUGAAUAUGGUUCUGGCAAGCCGACUUUAGAGGGUUAUAAUAAGGAUGUUUUCCGAUAUAUUUGUGCUUUUUAUAGUAAUGCGUAAGCAUAUACAAGAGUAUGUCAAUAUGUGUAAACCUACUAUGGAACUCUGUCUUUUGAAUCAAAUGAUCAUUAUAUACCCUACAAAAAAUUUGGAGCAGGAAAAUCGUUUCAAGGACAGCAGUCACCAGUCGCUUUUAGGACUAUAAUACGCUAAUUUAUCUGCUGACGACUGCUUUCUAAAUUUAAUAAAAAAGGGGCAAAAGUGUAGAAAAAUA